AUGGCUUUAAUUAAACAAUAUCCAAUUAAACGUGUCCAGCUUGCAACCGACCGCAGCAACAUUCAUUUGCGAGAGGAGAGAUUUUCAUUACCGGUCAUACUGGCGACUAGUGCAAAUGCCUCAACGACGACAGCUGCAUCUACAAAUGAAAAAGAGAAGCGCCUUUACUACCUAAGGUUAGACGGUAAUCUCUCUAGGGCUUAUGAAUCAUCUGAAGUCCAGAGCACUGACAAAACUGUUGCCGAUGUUGUCGAAGAAGCUGCUAAUGAGAUUGUCGUUGAAGGUGCGAAACUCAGUAAAGAAAAAGAAGCACAAUGGCUAGCUAAACAAUUACGUGAGGCGAAACAUUUUGGAGAAUCUAAAAAAGCGGAUUUAUUUGAUGAAAACAUUUCAAGACAAAUUGGUGAAACCUGUAUUUAUCUUUAUACAAUAGAAUCUUUCUGGUAUAGUAUUCUUAAUUCUGCUCUUCGUAAUUAUGAAACAAUAACUCUAGAACAAAUAACGACACUGGGACCAUUCUCUUGGUUACUGGAUAGGUAUCUAUAUGAGAAAAGCAAUGUGGAUAAUCGUGGUACACACGCGCGAUGUGGCGUAGAUGUAUCAUCUCUCUCUGGUUUAACUGAUGAAGAAGAGUAUAUUAUGUAUCCUGGCUCAAAGUUUAAUUUUGUUCGUUAUGAAUAUGACAAGGAUACAAAAAAACAUUUUAUUUAUCUCAAAGCAACAGAAUGGCAGCGAUGA